CAUUCACUUUCUGUUGUUUCGAAAAAACACAACCCUAAUUCUGUGUGUGUUUAUGAGACACCCCAACAAUGGAAGAUUAUCCAAGAAAACACGACGACGCCGGCUGUCAUCACUUCUUCGAUUUGGUUCGAAAAGACACAGAAUGGACGAAGACGACGACUGUCAAAGAGGAGGACGACGAAUACGACGACCACGACACAACCUACGGCUCUCCGAAGCUCGACCUCUGUCUUGGCCCUCCAUCUGCAGAUCAUCAUCAAUCUGUCUUCAAACCUCCAUGGCAAAAAAGGACAGCUGCCGGUCCGGUGGUCGGAUGGCCGCCGGUGAGGUCGUUCAGGAAGAAUCUUGCAACCGGAAAUUCAUCCAAAAUGGUGUCUGAAUCAAUUUCCGGCAAGGUUUCCGAUCGAAAAGCCGUGGAAAGCUGCCCGAAAGGGCGGUUCGUUAAGAUCAACAUGGAUGGCAUUCCCAUAGGGAGGAAAGUCGACCUCAAAGCAUACGAUAGCUACGAGAAGCUGUCGUAUGCUGUCGAUGAGCUCUUCCACGGCCUUAUUGCAGCACAAAGGGAUUCCUCGAUUAAGGUCGAGGAUAUGAAGAGAAGCUUAGUUAACAAAAAUGGCGAGUAUACGCUUGUUUACGAGGACAACGAGGGCGAUCGGAUGCUAGUCGGGGAUGUCCCUUGGCAGUGAGAAUCUUGAAUCUUAAUCAAUCCGAGAUGCCUUAUUUGUUCGUUAGCAUGUUCGUCUCCACCGUCAAAAGGCUGCGCGUGCUGCGAAGCUCCGAACUCCCUGCUCUGUCGCGCUCGGGGAAGGACGUGGCUUGAAAUCGGAUGAGCCCGAAUCGAAUUAACCGGGCUGGCGGGAGAUCGAAUCGUUCGAUACAAUAAAGCCCGGAAAUGGUAAAAAUGAUGUCUUUUAAGGUUAAAAAAGUGAUUGAUUUCUUGUAGUUUGGCUUGUAAGAUAGAACUGCGAUUGUAAUUUGUAAUCUUAAUCGAAGUUUUAAGCCCUUUUCUGGGCUGCUGUAAAAUACCAUGAAAGUGUUAAUGUUAUUACAUCAUACAAUCCCAUGAAGAAAUGAAAUAAAAUGGGAUGAUCGACGA